AUCUGUACCACAUCGGCUCGUCUUCGUUUGCAUCAGCUCGACGUCUAAAUGUAAUUAAGUAGCCAGAUUCUUUGCCGGACUUUGACGCGCGUGUGAGUAGGGCAACAAGCAACAUUCCUGCAGGCCCCAAGCGGUAUACGUAGACAUCUUCUGAGACGAAAUGCAAAUUAAAUUAUAUGAUGAAUUUAAGUCGGAAAGUGGCCUGAUUUGAUCGCUCAACCGAAUCUGGAGUACAGUUUUUGAAGCUUUGUUGCGGCUGAAAUUCUUGUUUGCGGAAAAUAUAGUUUAGGAUAUACAAGUGUGGAGCAGCGUCAUGGCAGACCUGCCGGAGGGAACAGACGCCAACAUGGCCGCAGUGGAAGAAGAAGAGACAAGCUCGGAGUCCGAGACUUCCACAUCGUUACACGCAACAGAGCCGACGCCGGAAGCGACGGAAGCAGCAUAUGCAGAAAGUGUUUAUGUCGACGACGGAAGAGAUGGCAUCGGCAGUGCUGCGUCCGCGAAGGCCGUGCGGCUUGCCAGGGACAACUUCACUGCAAUGAUGCAAAGUGGGGUUGACUCGGGGGAGUACGUAGCAGCAAUUAAGGCAAUCGAGCUCGACGCGUGUUUUGAAGACCUGCGGAAGUUGCUCUUGGAUUACGAAGAAGAGGCGCACCGCCUCGCAUCUGAGGAGUAUAAUCGAGCUCGAGCCAGCGCCGACCCCCGGCUUUUGCCGCUCACCACAGUCGGAAUCGAGCGGCUGGGCAGCGAACUCAACGCGGAACAGGUGGCGCCUUGGCUCUGGAAAUUGCGCGAGCUGCUGACGAAGAUUGUCAGUAAAAGCAUGCCCCUUCAACGGAUCUACUGGGACCCGGAGACAGGAGUUCUGUGCGACUGGCAGCGGCGCGCCCGUUUUUUUGCGGACUACCGUGAGGAUGCGCGCGGCCGUGAGCGGUGGCCGGUAGACUUUCCCUACCACCGGCUCGGAAACCUGUAUUAUCUGUUAGCCAGCGGUGCUAUGGGCCCGGUGCUCGAUUUCCUCGCGCGCCCGGCGCCCGGGGAUUCGGCCGCAGCGGGCUGUAGCGAUGCCACGUCCGGCGAGCGCCGCUUUUUGAUCGUGAAGCGAGUAGCCGCCGUCUUUACAUACCACAGCCUCCGUGUGGACGACGCCGCCUAUUUUUCAGAGGAGUAUGCCAGUGGAAGCCCGCAGCUCGAUAUUGAUGUGGCAAGCAUUUUGACACUCCCAUUUCCAGCGAUUGGCGUUGCGCUGGCUCGGGGAGACUAUAACGCGGUUGAGCUUCUGGAAAAGCUGGGGGCAAGCGUUGCGCCGAAGAGACUCGUUCGUGACGUCGAUCCCAUGAAUGAAGACGAUUUCGUCUAUGGAUCCGGGCGUGACGUGCGAAAUGCGUCCGUAUACGGCGUACUGGUGCGGCUACUAAAUAGACAGACGAGGCGCGACUGGUUGGCCGCCCAUGGGCCCGGUCGGGGUAGCACUUUGCUGAAAGCCAUGGAGUAUAUCAGUUCCAAGGACGACGAGAUGCGCAGAAAACAAAGAGAAAGCGCCAAGCGACCGGACGCGCAGACACAGGAGCGGAGUUUGGACAGGGCUGUUAUCCAAUUAGACGAAAGCGGUUUGAUGGAGCUACCACUCAGGGGCCACGACGAAAUUUGGCACAACAUGGCGACGGACACCUACUCCCUUGACGGUUUUCUUGCCUAUAUGGAUACAUUCAAGCUGGACAUCAACAAGCCCGACCCCUCCCACUUCGGGCGCGGGCACAUCAUCGGGCACUUCGUGGGCCGCCCCUUAAAUUUUCUCCAGCUGAUGCGACGGGGCGCGCGCUGCCCUGCUGAGCUGAACGGCACAGAAAGCCUGCGCGACAUUGCGGCGGACAGCCAGAACAUCCACCAUAGCACUGUCAUGACUGGGCGGCUUACGCAAUGCUGGGCGCAAGCGCAGCGAUUUAUCGACAGCCACAGGAAAGACCACGCGAAGGAUUGCAGUGUGGCGCCGGUAGAGGUGCAGGAAGUUUUGCAAGACAGAAUAGCGAAGUUGACAAACGCAGACUUUGACCAGCUGAAAGACGCCGAGCCGAAGGCCCGAGUGCUGCCGGACCUUGCCGCAAUGCAGCGGUGUCUGCGGUCGCAGCUACAGCGUUUGGUAGGGCGCAGAGAGAUGCUUGGCGACGAACAAAAGAAAGACCCGUUCAGAAGCGGCGAGUUUGGUCUUCAGCUAGUUUACAACUUUUUGCGACUACGACUGUCGUCAGAUGAUCCGGUGAAGCCGAUCUUGUGCGCCCUGCUCCAGUCCGGAAAUGAAUACGGGCUGGGUGCGCAGUCCUGUGACCCGCAGCGAAUGAUCCUCGCGAUUCUCUUGGGGAGGACGGACGGUCUGGAGAGCUCCGACGCAGAGGAUGGAGAAGGCGCAAGAGCGAGGGGCAGCGGCGCCAGAGAGUACGAGGAAGCGCUGGCCUCGCGAUAUUUGCAGACUCUGCAGAAGCUGCGGGCGUCCAAUAGUCACCAGAUCAUGCUGGACGCCCAACACCGUCUGGGCCUACUUGAAAGACCGAAAGAUCUGCAAGAAAUCUUCGACGCGAUAGUGUAUGAGUGCGCCGACGUUGAGUACCACAGAAACAACCUCUCCGGCAUGUUCGUUACGCAAUUGCUCGACGACCUCCAGAGGCACUUCCGCGACUCGAACAAGUACACGGUCGUGGAUUUCGUGCGGCUCCAUCACCUCCCCUGGCCGCUGUUCCGGGCCCUCCGAGACAUACAGGGCAUCGCGGACAUAUUUACGGAGCUGUUUCUGGGAGAAGAAAUGGCUGCGGCAUUCGCGCCGUUUGUUCUGUGUGGCGGCGAAGGCAAAACAUCGGAGCCAGAGCAGGCCGCGUCAAGUAGUGCGAAGCGAGUCAAACGCGAGCAGUGAGACUUCUGCUUUUUUCGAGACAAAAGACGCACGCUAUCGCCUGAAAGUCAGUAGUUUAGUAUAGCUGUUUCAACAUCAUCCCUAUUCCAGAAAGCAGAACAAGGCACAGCUGUCGAAAAGAACAGAUUGAAAACCGAGUCGGAUUGUGGAACUCCUCGAGCUGUUGCACAAGGUAUUGAGGAAGAGGAAGUCAAAAC